AUGAUGAAGAUUUACGCCAUCUUGCUUCUGUUGGUUGCAAAUGCUUCAACAUCAACCACAGAUGCUUCCACAACCACAGCUGGAGACACAUCAACAACACCUGAACCAACAACAACAACAACUGAGUCAACAACUAUCACAAGUGAACUAACAUCGCCUACAACUUCCCCAACAACUGGAGCUAUAGCAACCACAGCUGAAUUAACAACUAGCCCAAGUGGAGCAACAGCAACCACAGCUGAGUCAACAACAACCACAAAUGGAGCUACAUCAACUACAGCUGCUCCAACAAGUACAACAACUGAAGCAACAUCAACCACAGCAGAAUCAUCAACUUCCGCAACUGGUGCAACAUCAACUACAGCUGCUCCGACAACUACCACAACUGAAGCAACAUCAACUACAGCUGUUCCAACAACUACCACAACUGAAGCAACAUCGACCACAGCAGAAUCAUCAACUUCUGCAACUGGUGCAACAUCUACCACAGCUGAGUCAACAACUUCCACUAGUGAAGCAACAUCAACUACAGCUGCUCCAACAACUACCACUAGUGAAGCAACAUCAACUACAGCUGUUCCAACAACUACCACAACUGAAGCAACAUCGACCACAGCAGAAUCAUCAACUUCCGCAACUGGUGCAACAUCUACCACAGCUGAGUCAUCAACUACCACUAGUGAAGGAACAUCAACCACAGCAGAAUCAUCAAUUUCCGCAACUGGUGCAACAUCAACCACAGCUGCCCAAUUAACUACCACAAGUGAAGCAACAUCAACUACAGCUGAAUCAACCACAUCCGCAACUGGUGCAACAUCUACCACAGCUGAGUCAACAACUUCCACAAGUGAAGCAACAUCAACUACAGCUGCUCCAACAAUUACCACAACUGAAGCAACAUCAACCACUGCUGAAUCAACAACUACCACAAAUGGAGCUACAUCAACCACAGCUGAGUCAACAACUGGAGCAACAUCAGCCACAGCUGAAUCAACAACUAUCACAAGUGGAGCAACAGCAACCACAGCUGAAUCAACAACUAUCACAACUGGAGCAACAUCAGCCACAGCUGAAUCAACAACUGGAGCAACAUCAACCACUCCUGAAUCAACAACUAUCACAAGUGGAGCAACAUCAGCCACAGCUGACUCAACAACUAUCACAAGUGGAGCAACAUCAGCUGCAGCUGAAUCAAUAACUAUCACAAGUGGAGCAACAGCAACCACAGCUGAAUCAACAACUAUCACAAGUGGAGCAACAGCAACCACAGCUGAAUCAACAACUAUCACAAGUGGAGCAACAUCAGCCAUAACUUCCCCAACAACUGGAGGAACAUCAGCAACAACUUCCCCAACGACUGGAGCAACAUCAGCCACAGCUGAAUCAACAACUAUCCCAAGUGAAGCAACAUCAGCAACAACUUCCCCAACAACUGUAGCAACAUCAGCCACAGCUGAAUCAACAACUAUCACAAGUGGAGCAACAGCAACCACAGCUGAAUCAACAACUAUCACAAGUGGAGCAACAUCAGCCACAACUCCCCCAACAACUGGAGCAACAUCAGCCACGGCUGAAUCAACAACUAUCACAAGUGGAGCAACAGCAACAACACCUGAGUCAACAACUAUCACAAGUGGAGCAACAGCAACCACAGCUGAAUCAACAACUAUCACAAGUGGAGCAACAGCAACCACAGCUGAAUCAACAACUAUCACAAGUGGAGCAACAUCAGCAACAACCUCCCCAACAAGUGGAGCAACAUCAGCCACAGCUGAAUCAACAACUAUCACAAGUGAAGCAACAUCAGCAACAACUUCCCCAACAACUGGAGCAACAUCAGCCACAGCUGAAUCAACAACUAUCACAAGUGGAGCAACAUCAGCAACCACAGCUGAAUCAACAACUAUCACAAGUGGAGCAACAUCAGCCACAACUCCCCCAACAACUGGAGCAACAUCAGCCACAGCUGAAUCAACAACUAUCACAAGUGGAGCAACAGCAACAACACCUGAGUCAACAACUAUCACAAGUGGAGCAACAGCAACCACAGCUGAAUCAACAACUAUCACAAGUGGAGCAACAGCAACCACAGCUGAAUCAACAACUAUCACAAGUGGAGCAACAUCAGCAACAACCUCCCCAACAAGUGGAGCAACAUCAGCCACAGCUGAAUCAACAACUAUCCCAAGUGAAGCAACAUCAGCAACAACUUCCCCAACAACUGGAGCAACAUCAGCCACAACUGAAUCAACAACUAUCACAAGUGGAGCAACAGCAACCACAGCUGAGUCAACAACUAUCACAAGUGGAGCAACAUCAGCCACAGCUGAAUCAACAACUAUCACAAGUGGAGCAACAGCAACCACAGCUGAAUCAACAACUAUCACAAGUGGAGGAACAGCAACCACUGCUGAAUCAACAACUAUCACAAGUGGAGCAACAGCAACCACAGCUGAAUCAACAACUAUCACAAGUGGAGCAACAUCAGCCACUGCUGAAUCAACAACUAUCACAAGUGGAGCAACAGCAACCACAACUCCCCCAACAACUGGAGCAACAUCAGCCACAGCUGAAUCAACAACUAUCACAAGUGGAGCAACAUCAGCCACAACUCCCCCAACAACUGGAGCAACAUCAGCCACAGCUGAAUCAACAACUAUCACAAGUGGACCAACAUCAGCAACAACUUCCCCAACAAGUGGAGCAGCAUCAGCCACAGCUGAAUCAACAACUAUCCCAAGUGGAGCAACAUCAGCAACAACUUCCCCAACAACUGGAGCAACAUCAGCCACAGCUGAAUCAACAACUAUCACAAGUGGAGCAACAUCGCCUACAACUUCCCCAACAACUGGAGCAACAUCAGCCACAGCUGAAUCAACAACUAUCACAAGUGGAGGAACAGCAACCACUGCUGAAUCAAUAACUAUCACAAGUGGAGCAACAUCAGCCACUGCUGAAUCAACAACUAUCACAAGUGGAGCAACAUCAGCCACAGCUGAAUCAACAACUAUCACAAGUGGAGGAACAGCAACCACUGCUGAAUCAACAACUAUCACAAGUGGAGCAACAUCAGCCACAGCUGAAUCAACAACUAUCACAAGUGGAGCAACAUCAGCCACUGCUGAAUCAACAACUAUCACAAGUGGAGCAACAGCAACCACAGCUGAAUCAACAACUAUCACAACUGGAGCAACAUCAGCCACAGCUGAAUCAACAACUAUCACAAGUGGACCAACAUCAGCAACAACUUCCCCAACAAGUGGAGCAGCAUCAGCCACAGCUGAAUCAACAACUGUCACAAGUGGAGCAACAUCAGCCACAUCUUCCCCAGCAACUGGAGCAACAUCAGCCUCUGCUGAAUCAACAACUAUCACAAGUGGACCAACAUCAGCAACAACUUCCCCAACAAGUGGAGCAGCAUCAGCCACAGCUGAAUCAACAACUAUCACAAGUGGAGCAACAUCAGCCACAAUCUCCCCAGCAACUGGAGCAGCAUCAGCCAUAGUUGAAUCAACAACUAUCACAAGUGGAGCAACAUCAGCAACAACCUCCCCAACAAGUGGACCAACAUCAGCAACAACUUCCCCAACAAGUGGAGCAGCAUCAGCCACAGCUGAAUCAACAACUGUCACAAGUGGAGCAACAUCAGCCACAUCUUCCCCAGCAACUGGAGCAACAUCAGCCUCUGCUGAAUCAACAACUAUCACAAGUGGAGCAACAUCAGCCACAGCUGAAUCAACAACUAUCACAAGUGGAGCAACAUCAGCCACAAUCUCCCCAGCAACUGGAGCAGCAUCAGCCAUAGUUGAAUCAACAACUAUCACAAGUGGAGCAACAUCAGCAACAACCUCCCCAACAAGUGGAGCAACAUCAGCCACAUCUUCCCCAACAACUGGAGCAACAUCAGCCACAGCUGAAUCAACAACUAUCACAAGUGAAGCAACAUCAGCAACAACUUCCCCAACAACUGGAGCAACAUCAGCAACCACAGCUGUUCCAAUAACUACCACUACUGGAGCAACAUCAACCAAAACAACUUCUGCGAACACAAAUGCAGCUGGAACAAGCGCAUCUACAGCAACAUCAACCGUAUCUUCCCAAACAGCUGCACCUGCUCUUUCAACAACAGCCACAACUUCUUCAGUGACAACCACAGCUUCCCCCAAAACAACCACAGCUGGAGCAUUAUUAACCACAAUUGCCCAAACAUCUACUACAUCUCCUCCAACUACACAACCAACUACAACUUCUUCAUCAACAACUACGGUUGCUCCAACAACUACAGGAGGAUCUCAUCAAACAACCAUAGCCUCCUCAGCAGUAAUUAACCAAACAAGCUUCCUCUUGUUCACAGCAGUUAUUACAAUUACUCUGUGGAAGUAAGAACUGGACUUUCAUCUUUUCCACACUGUAGUUUAUAAAAAAAGACUUAAAAAUCUAAACUAAUUUAUAACUAUUUAUUAUCUUUGUAAGUUUGUUUUACAUGUUUGUUUGGGCUUAUUUAAAAUGCUAUUCUCAAUGCAGUAUUUAAUGCUUAUGCUUCAUACAGACUUUCUGCAUGUUCUUUUGAUAAAAAAAAACUGUACAAUCAACUUUCUAAAAUUCCUUGAAUUGUUUAUACAGAACUAAAUGAUCCAGUGAGCAGACACAAAAUAUGAGCAGCUUUACUUAUGUCAAAGAUAUUUAAAACCCAAAUGUUUUCAAA